CUAUCGGCUCCAAAACCCUCGAAGAGCACUACAUUUCGCGGCUGCAAUACGCUUGGCCUCAGGUCUCAUGCGUAUCUGGAUUCCCUUCAAGAGGAACAAGAUCAGUCUUCUUUAGCUAUAAGGAUGGUGCAGGCCAGAUUCAGAAAUUUGGCUUACGGUUUUUGACGAUCUAUGAAGUAGAAAAGUUUAUGACUGACUUGAAGGAAAGCUUGGAUGAUGUUAAGUCUAUUCCACUUCUAUUAUGUCCUCCAGUUGCUUCUGGAAUCUCAUCUCAAUCUGAGUUCAUCCCUACUGAUGAAGCAUCACACAGGGUUAUCAAAGAACGAACGCCUUCAACAUCAGAAGGUACCUAUGAGAUACAGGCGAGCAAGAGCUAUGUAGUUUCUCAAGAUUCAAAUCCACCACAGGAUAUGAGACUGCAGCGUGAAGUUGAGGAAGUUCUCUCAUCUUUUCCACCCAGCUUCACUUCGUUCCUGAAGAGCUGUGGCCCUGCCAUUGAUGAACAAGCACAACCAUCUGCAUCACAAGACUUGGAUCUAAAAGCCCAAAUCGCGAAAUAUAUGGAAGAUUCCUCCUUUCAAGAUAUGCUCCUUAAGGUAGAGAAAGUCAUCAAUGAAGUUGGGGACUUCAGCAUAUUGCUAUAAGCAUGGAGAAAGAUGCUGCCACAUUACCCUUUUUUCCUGAAUUUUCUUGGGACUAUUUUGCCCCAGAAGCUGUAUAAAUCCAUUAUGCGCAACAAAGAUUGAUCAAAAUG